GGGUGGGGAAACAGUGACGUAGCCCGACUCCGCCCCCUCGCCCGACCGCCGUUGCCGCCAUGUUUAGUUGUUACUUCUUCACACAAGAUGGCGGCUCCCAGGGAGGAGGCAUGAGCGCCCUGCCGUUACCGCUCCUCCUGCCGUACAGUUGCCACUCCGGGGCCUAACUCUGGCUCUUUGGAGCGGCUCCUGUGGGAAGGAGUCAUAAAGAGGGAAGCGAGGAUCGGACGCUGCCUUGCGUUUGGUUUGCAGUGGAAGAACUGACCCAGGAGGAAGAGAAUAGGGGGGAAGGGGGAGUUAGUCUCAAGAUGGCGGCUCCCAGGGCGGCAGGCGCAGCCUGAGCAGCAGAGGAGGACUCAGGGGAGAGGUUCGAGACCUCACAAGCUGUACGGCGCGAGUCUCCGACCAGCCUCCUGGCCUCCGGCGCGCCUUUGUCCUUCACGAGUGUCGAGGCUGUUUCGGGAGCGGCGGCUGCACUAAGCGCUGGGCGGGGAAGCGGGACGGUCUCAAGAUGGCGGCUCCCACAAUUGUGGUGUGAGCGCCGGCGGGGCUGGGACAACCGCGGCGCUUGUGGCUCCUUUCCACCCGCCCCGGAAGCCGGCCAGUGCAGGGGACUUGGGGGGUGUGGGAACCGGGCCGGGGCUCCGCCAUUUCCGGCGGGGGAGGGCUACGACUGAGGAAGGGAGGAGAGAGGGACGGCUCAAGAUGGCGGCUCCCAGGGCCUCCCGCCCGAGCUUGUAAGCGGGAGCGCCCGAGCGAGUUGUCAGGGCGGCGGGACUCGGCGGCCUCCGGCUUCUCGGGGCUAGGCGCUCGAAAGUUUCGGGAGGCUCUUGAAGAGACGGGGUGAGCUAGAAGAAGGGGAAGAGCCGAAGGGAAGGAGGGUAGUUAAGAUGGCGGCCUCCAUGGAACCGUCCACCGCUGUGUGAGGAACCGCUUCUCCGUGAGAGCUACCUUAGACGAAAGGGGGUGUGUGUGAGAGGAAUUGGGGGGCUCCCUUCCCGCUUGGUGACUUUUCCCCCACCGCGGCCUUUCCCGUAACUAUGGCUUCGGCCGUGUCGCCCGCCAACUCUCCAGCGGUGCUCCUGCAGCCCCGCUGGAAGCGAGUGGUGGGCUGGUCGGGUCCGGUGCCCCGGCCCCGCCACGGCCACCGAGCCGUGGCCAUCAAGGAACUCAUCGUGGUGUUUGGCGGCGGCAACGAGGGGAUAGUGGACGAACUGCACGUGUACAACACGGCGACUAACCAGUGGUUCAUCCCAGCCGUGAGAGGGGACAUCCCCCCUGGGUGUGCCGCGUAUGGCUUCGUGUGUGACGGCACUCGCCUGCUGGUGUUUGGUGGGAUGGUGGAGUAUGGGAAAUACAGCAAUGACCUCUACGAGCUCCAGGCAAGCCGGUGGGAAUGGAAGAGACUCAAAGCAAAGACGCCCAAAAAUGGACCCCCUCCGUGUCCUCGGCUCGGGCACAGCUUCUCCCUCGUGGGCAACAAGUGCUACCUGUUUGGGGGUCUGGCCAACGAUAGCGAGGACCCCAAGAACAACAUUCCGAGGUACCUGAAUGACUUAUACAUCCUGGAAUUGCGGCCGGGCUCCGGAGUGGUGGCCUGGGACAUCCCCAUCACUUACGGCGUUCUGCCUCCACCCCGGGAGUCCCACACUGCUGUGGUCUAUACUGAGAAAGACAACAAGAAGUCCAAGCUGGUGAUCUAUGGAGGGAUGAGCGGCUGCAGGCUGGGGGACCUUUGGACCUUGGAUAUCGAGACUCUGACGUGGAACAAGCCCAGUCUCAGCGGGGUGGCGCCUCUUCCCCGGAGUCUUCACUCAGCCACGACCAUAGGAAACAAAAUGUACGUGUUUGGUGGCUGGGUGCCUCUCGUCAUGGAUGACGUCAAAGUGGCCACACACGAGAAGGAGUGGAAGUGUACCAACACACUGGCUUGUCUCAACCUGGAUACCAUGGCCUGGGAGACCAUCCUGAUGGACACGCUGGAGGACAAUAUUCCCCGGGCCCGAGCCGGCCACUGUGCCGUAGCCAUCAACACCCGCCUGUACAUUUGGAGUGGGCGCGACGGCUACCGAAAGGCCUGGAACAACCAGGUCUGCUGCAAGGACCUGUGGUACCUGGAGACAGAAAAGCCACCACCCCCGGCCCGGGUACAGCUGGUACGAGCCAACACCAAUUCCCUGGAGGUGAGCUGGGGGGCCGUGGCGACAGCCGACAGUUACCUUCUGCAGCUCCAGAAAUAUGACAUUCCCGCCACGGCCGCUACUGCCGCCUCCCCCACGCCCAAUCCGGUCCCGUCUGUGCCCGCCAACCCUCCCAAGAGCCCCGCCCCGGCAGCAGCCGCACCUGCCGUGCAGCCGCUGACCCAGGUAGGCAUCACGCUCCUGCCCCAGGCUGCUGCCGCGCCCCCGACCACCACCGCCAUCCAGGUCUUGCCGACGGUACCCGGCAGCUCAAUCUCCGUGCCCACGGCGGCCAGGACUCAAGGCGUCCCCGCUGUUCUCAAAGUCACCGGUCCUCAGGCCACGACAGGAACCCCGCUGGUCACCAUGCGACCUGCCAGCCAGGCUGGGAAAGCCCCCGUCACCGUGACCUCCCUUCCUGCAGGCGUGCGAAUGGUUGUGCCGACGCAGAGUGCCCAGGGCACGGUGAUUGGCAGCAGCCCGCAGAUGAGCGGCAUGGCCGCACUGGCAGCUGCAGCUGCUGCCACCCAGAAGAUCCCGCCCUCGUCAGCGCCCACGGUGCUGAGUGUCCCGGCAGGCACGACCAUCGUCAAAACCGUGGCUGUGACGCCAGGCACCACCACCCUCCCGGCUACUGUAAAGGUGGCCUCCUCGCCGGUCAUGGUGAGCAACCCGGCCACUCGGAUGCUGAAGACUGCGGCCGCCCAGGUGGGGACGUCUGUCUCCUCUGCUGCCAACACAUCCACCCGCCCCAUCAUCACGGUGCAUAAGUCGGGAACUGUGACAGUGGCCCAGCAAGCCCAGGUGGUGACCACGGUGGUGGGUGGAGUCACCAAGACCAUCACCCUGGUGAAGAGCCCCAUCUCUGUCCCAGGAGGCAGUGCUCUGAUUUCCAACCUGGGCAAGGUGAUGUCAGUGGUUCAGACCAAACCGGUUCAGACUUCAGCGGUCACAGGCCAGGCAUCUACGGGCCCGGUGACUCAGAUCAUCCAGACCAAAGGGCCCCUGCCGGCCGGGACCAUCCUGAAGCUGGUAACCUCCGCGGACGGCAAGCCCACCACCAUCAUCACUACCACGCAGGCCAGCGGGGCCGGGACUAAGCCCACCAUCCUGGGCAUCAGCAGCGUGUCCCCGAGCACCACCAAGCCGGGCACGACCACCAUCAUCAAGACCAUCCCCAUGUCGGCCAUCAUCACGCAGGCCGGCGCCACAGGUGUGACCAGCAGUCCGGGCAUCAAGUCCCCCAUCACCAUUAUCACCACCAAGGUGAUGACUUCAGGAACUGGAGCGCCUGCCAAAAUCAUCACAGCUGUCCCUAAAAUCGCCACUGGCCACGGGCAGCAAGGAGUGACCCAGGUGGUGCUAAAGGGGGCCCCCGGACAGCCGGGCACCAUCCUCCGCACCGUGCCCAUGGGGGGUGUCCGCCUGGUCACCCCCGUCACCGUCUCUGCCGUCAAGCCAGCAGUCACCACGUUGGUUGUGAAGGGCACCACAGGCGUCACGACCCUGGGCACAGUGACAGGCACCGUCUCCACCAGCCUUGCCGGAGCUGGGGGCCACAGUACCAGCGCCUCCCUGGCCACGCCCAUCACCACGUUGGGCACCAUCGCCACCCUCUCAAGCCAAGUGAUCAACCCCACCGCCAUCACCGUGUCGGCUGCGCAGACCACGCUGACGGCGGCCGGCGGGCUCACCACCCCCACCAUCACCAUGCAGCCUGUCUCCCAGCCUACCCAGGUGACGCUCAUCACGGCGCCCAGUGGAGUCGAGGCCCAGCCCGUGCAUGACCUCCCCGUGUCCAUUCUGGCCUCGCCCACCACAGAACAGCCCACGGCCACGGUCACCAUCGCCGAUUCAGGCCAGGGUGAGGUGCAGCCGGGCACCGUGACGCUGGUCUGCUCCAACCCGCCCUGCGAGACCCACGAGACGGGCACCACCAACACAGCCACCACCACCGUCGUGGCUAACCUCGGGGGGCAGCCGCAGCCCACCCAAGUGCAGUUCGUCUGUGAUAGACAGGAGGCGGCCGCUUCUCUCGUGGCCUCGACGGUGGGGCAGCAGAACGGCAGCGUGGUUCGCGUCUGCUCCAACCCGCCGUGCGAGACCCACGAGACGGGCACCACCCACACGGCCACCACCGCCACGUCCAACAUGGCUGGGCAGCAUGGCUGCUCCAACCCGCCGUGUGAGACCCACGAGACCGGCACCACCAGCACCGCCACCACCGCCGUGUCGAGCAUCGGCGCCGGCCAGCAGCGAGACCUCCGCCGUGCCUGCGUGGCCGGCACCGCUCCUGCCGUGGUCCGGGUCGGCAUGGCCGCCGGGGUGUCAGAGGGAGCCCAGGGCUCCGUCAAGGCCUCGUGCCAAACCCACCAGACCGGCGUGACCGGUACCGCCGUGACUGUGCUGGCCACCGGGGCCCCAUGCUCGGCCGGCCCGCUCCUUGGGCCGGCCCUGGCGGUGGAGGCCGGCGGCCGCGGCGCCACCUUCGUGCAGCUGGCCGCCGUGAGUGGCCAGGUCAGACCCAGCGGCCCCGUGGCCGGCUUGAGUCAGCUGGCGUCCAUGGGGCGCCAGCCGGAGGCUCAUCACACCCACACGACCAACACCCCCACCACGGUCCGCUCCGCCAUGGGUGCCGGAGAGCCCGGCGAGGCACGGGGGACCCCCACACCCGCGUACGAGAGCUCGGCCAGUGGCGCCGUGACUGUGACGGCCCUGGAGGCGCUGCUGUGCCCUUCGGCCACUGCGAGCCAAGUCUGCUCCGACCCGCCGUGUGAGACCCAUGACACGGGCACCACCCACACCACCACUACCUCGAAUGCCGGCAGCGCCCAGCGGGUCUGCUCCAACCCGCCCUGCGAGACCCACGAGACGGGCACCACCCACACGCCCACCACGGCCACGUCCAACGGGGGUGCGGGCCAGCCUGAGGGCGGGCAGCAGCCCCCCGCCGGCCGCCCCUGCGAGACACACCAGACCACGUCCACCGGUACCACCAUGUCGGUCGGCGUGGGCGCCUUGCUCCCCGUGGAGUCCGGCUUGGAGGUGGCGGCGCCUCCCUCCAUCACCCCCCAGGCUGCUGCUUCGUUGCUGGCUCCUUUCCCGACGCAGAGGGUGUGCUCCAACCCCCCUUGUGAGACGCACGAGACGGGCACCACACACACGGCCACCACCGUCACCUCGAACAUGAGCUCAAACCAAGAUCCCCCACCAGCCGCCAGUGACCAGGGAGACGUGGAGAGCACCCAGGGCGACAGCGUGAACAUCACCAGCUCCAGUGCCGUUACGACAACCGUGUCCUCCACACUGACGAGGGCUGUGACCACUGUGACACAGUCCACCCCAGUCCCGGGCCCCUCGGUACCGAAGAUCUCAUCAGUGACUGAGUCUACCCCAGGGGCUCUGACCACCGAAGUCCCCAUCCCAGCCACGAUAACAGUGACCAUAGCCAACACAGAAACUUCUGACAUGCCCUUCUCUGCUGUUGACAUCCUGCAGCCCCCAGAGGAACUCCAGGCCUCGCCAGGGCCCCGCCAGCAGCUUCCGCCACGGCAGCUCCUGCAACCCGCCUCCACGCCCCUGAUGGGGGAGUCCGCCGAGGUCCUGUCAGCCUCCCAGACCCCUGAGCUCCAAGCCGCCGUGGAUCUGAGCGGUACAGGGGACCCGUCUUCGGGCCAGGAGCCCGCCAGCUCCGCCGUGGUGGCCACUGUGGUGGUCCAGCCGCCCCCGCCUACGCAGUCUGAAGUAGACCAGCUGUCGCUUCCUCAAGAGCUGAUGGCCGAAGCCCAGGCAGGCACCACCACCCUCAUGGUGACGGGGCUCACCCCCGAGGAGCUGGCGGUCACCGCUGCCGCUGAAGCAGCCGCCCAGGCUGCAGCCACCGAGGAGGCCCAGGCCCUGGCCAUCCAGGCGGUGCUCCAGGCUGCGCAGCAGGCCGUCAUGGCAGGCACCGGGGAGCCCAUGGACACGUCUGAGGCGGCGGCGGCCGUGACGCAGGCCGAGCUGGGCCACCUGUCCGCCGAGGGCCAGGAGGGCCAGGCCACCACCAUCCCCAUCGUGCUGACGCAGCAGGAGCUGGCCGCUCUGGUGCAGCAACAGCAGCAGCUGCAGGAGGCACAGGCCCAGCAGCACCACCACCUGCCCACCGAGGCCCUGGCGCCUGCUGACAGCCUCAACGACCCGGCCAUCGAGAGCAACUGCCUCAACGAACUGGCCGCCGCCGUCCCCAGCACCGUGGCCCUGCUGCCCUCCACAGCCACUGAGAGCCUGGCUCCGUCCAACACAUUUGUGGCCCCCCAGCCGGUCGUGGUAGCCAGCCCUGCCAAACUACAGGCCGCGGCGACCCUGACCGAAGUGGCCAAUGGCAUCGAGUCCCUGGGCGUGAAGCCAGACUUACCGCCCCCGCCCAGCAAAGCCCCCGUGAAGAAGGAGAACCAGUGGUUCGACGUGGGCGUCAUUAAGGGUACCAACGUAAUGGUGACACACUAUUUCCUGCCACCAGACGAUGCCGUCCCGUCCGACGAUGACUCGGGCGCCGUCCCCGACUACAGCCAGCUGAAGAAACAGGAGCUGCAGCCGGGCACGGCCUACAAGUUCCGUGUCGCUGGGGUCAACGCCUGCGGCCGGGGGCCCUUCAGCGAGAUCUCUGCUUUCAAGACGUGUCUGCCCGGCUUCCCGGGGGCUCCCUGUGCCAUUAAAAUCAGCAAAAGUCCAGAUGGUGCUCACCUCACCUGGGAGCCGCCGUCCGUGACGUCCGGCAAGAUCAUCGAGUACUCGGUGUACCUGGCCAUCCAGAGCUCGCAGGCCGGUGGCGAGCCCAAGAGCUCCGCCCCGGCCCAGCUGGCCUUCAUGCGGGUGUACUGCGGGCCCAGCCCCUCCUGCUUGGUGCAGUCGUCCAGCCUCUCCAACGCCCACAUUGACUACACCACCAAGCCCGCCAUCAUCUUCCGCAUCGCCGCCCGCAACGAGAAGGGCUACGGCCCUGCCACCCAAGUCAGGUGGCUGCAAGAAACCAGUAAAGACAGCUCCGGCGCCAAGCCAGCCAGCAAGCGGCCCAUGUCCUCUCCGGAAAUGAAAUCCGCUCCAAAGAAAUCUAAGGCAGAUGGUCAGUGAGAGGCAGCUCCCUGCUCCUGGAUUCUUCGCCAGACCCCCCCUCUGCUUCAGGAACGCCACCUGCCAGGGCCCACCCACCCCACCCACCC